CUUCACACUCCGCAAUUACCGGACAAAGAUAGAAUUCUAAUCUUGAUUGAAGAAUAUUUCGCACAUGUUCAUCCCUUACGAUGCUAUGGUUUCGUGCAUAAACCUUCCUUCAUGCAACGAUUAGAUGAAGAUUUUGAUGCCUGUUGCAAUGAUGAAUCACUCCUUCAUAUUGUUUGCGCAUUGGGAGCAAAGUUCUUGGCUCUCGAUUACCAUUCUCAGUUUUCGCCCGAGUCAAUCCUCACAGCUGGGAAUCAGUGGGCCAAAAUCGCGAAGGCCCGCAUGUUUGUCGACUUGGACGACCUCUCCCUAGAAAAACUAAUGACCGCAAUUCUUCUCUAUGAUCACGAUCUUAGGAUCGGAAGCUAUGCGUCUGCUUUUAUGCUUUCUGGGGUUACUGCAAGGAUGUCACAAGCAUUGCAGCUGAAUCUUGAGAGCUCCUCCGACAUACUUUGUAAUGAGCCAGACUCUUCUUGUCCAGUAACUAAUGAAUCCAAGCGACGUCUGAUGUGGAGUUGCUAUGUUAUGGAUAGUUGGGUUGGUAGCGGUGUCAACCAGCUCACUCUCCUAGAAGACAAAGAUCUCAAGAUCCAGCUUCCUUGUCACAGCCAUAACUUCUCCUUGGGAACAGCCUGUAUCACCGAGACAUUGGAUGAAGAAAAGGUUCUGGGGUUCAUUCCUAGGGAGCAAACUCCUUCAAGGCCUGCCCAGAAUAUGGGGAUUGAGGCCUAUUUCAUCCGCCUCGUUAGCAGCCGGAAGAAAGUUCUCCGUUAUGUGAAGCACUUGGAUACUUCCAAGCCACCUUGGGAAGCUGAUUCCGAAUUUAUGCAAUUGGCAACCGAAUUUGCAAACUGGCGGCGAUAUCUACCCCAGAGCUUAAAGUGGAAUUCGGGAGCAAUUUACGCACGCAAAGAGUCAUCGCAGUUAGGGGCCUUGACACUACUUUGGUGUACCUAUCAUCAAACCCUGUGUGACCUCUACCGGAUUGGCAUGCCCAAUCUUUUUCGCAUUCGACGACAUCAUGAGUUUCCACCCGUUCAACAAGAUUUUCUGGAUAAUUGUCGCAGAGCUUGCUUUGACAACUCUCGUGAACUCUCAAAGAUUCUUGCCGAAGCUUCACGGCAUGGUAUGAAAGCUCUGUCGGAUACUUGGCUAUGUAUCAUUGCACAUGACAGCACGAAGGUCAUGUUAUAUUUCCUGAAGCAGAAAUCACAAUCUCCCAAUGCUCUAAGUGUAUUCGAAGUCGAGGAAACUGCGGCCCUUAUUAAAAAGAACAUGGAAGCGCUCAUGCAAAUGAGAUCUCUUGUUGCAACAGCAGAGCACUGCUAUCUCUCAGUUGUCAAAAUGAUGAUUGCAGCAGGCCUCCACCCUCAAAUUCCACAUGCACCCAUGCCUGAGCGGGAGCCGGAUGGAAAUGACGAACGGUAUGUUUUCCAGUACAUUGUUGCCACUGGAUCACUGAACUCUCUUAGAUCUUCUCCUGAAUCGCCAAUUCAAGAAUCACCCGAAGCCGUCUUGAACCCUCUUGCAAUUUACCGCAUGGCACGCACAGCCUUGCAUGGCAAAGACUCACGAGGAUCAACCUCAAAUUCUCCCUCAACCACGAAAACAAACUCGCCUAGACAUUUCCAAUCUAGAAAACGCCAGCAAUCUCAGCAAACCUCCAGACAGGAACAAACACAAGGUCUACAGAGGUCUCAGAUCGAAGACAGAACAGACAUGCUACCACCCUUUGAUAUUGGUUCCGCUCCAAUAAGACCCGAUGAUACGCCAUUCAAUUUUAGUGCCUUCCCAAACUUCCCACCCCUUGGUACUGUUGGGUCAUGGGAUCCCUCUGAAGUGGCCAUUAUGAAUAUGAUUGAUGAUCGGACCGCUCCUUGGUCUGCGGAAUAUUUGACUGAUGACCAAUUAUACGAUACUUCAAACAACACAACUCCUUUUAUCUACUCUGCGCCGUAA